GCUACUUGCAAAUUGGUGUGUCUGAUGGGGAGUUUUCCACAAGCGCCUCUUUGUAAGUCCGUCUUGGGCCGGGGGAAGCUCGAUUCUGGGUUAGCUGGGUGUGAAUCCCAAUUGCCCCUCCAUAAAUAAAUCCCAAGCUAUUUCCCAACUAUGUCCAGGAGCAAGUUCUGCGGCAAUGAUGGAACCGUCAGGACCCCUCAAAAUCCUGCUUAAUAAAAACAACACGGUUGCCCGAGAAACCAUCCUGAAGUUUGGGUCUGGACUGCUGGCCGGGCAGCCUUUUCUCCUGUGCGAGGCCUGCAGGCUUCCCCACGCGGCAUCCACGGAGACUGGAGCGCUCCACGUUGACCCCUCGAAGCCGCACGACGCUUCUACCUCCAGGUAAUAUGAAUAUCCAUUCACUCGUGCGGUUCGUAUUUUGUGCUUGGCUUUCACACACCUGUGUGCAAAGGCUGAACCGGACAGUUCACAAACGUGGAACCAACUUAAUUACCGCCACUUUUAUCGAACGUCUAAGCCACUUAUACAAUCCUGACGAUACUCGCUUGGCAGCGGUAAAGUACCUCUGGGACUGGGCUGUCGUCAUCUGAGAAGGACGCUUCGAGAGAAAAAGUUCGCAGAAGUUAACUGGAGUUGGGGAACCCAGCUCUCCCCGCGCGCCCUGCCUUUUCCUAAUUGGAGGGGGGCGGGGCUCUCUGAGUCUAGUUGCUAAGAUCUGAGCCGGGUGAUUUUCCCGCACAGCCUGGGCCGAGUCCAGUUUCGCUGGACUCUGCUGUUCGAGGUUGUUCCGAGCAAAGCGGAUAGGAAUUUCAAGGACAGAUAGGGGUACCUGUCGCUCCCCGUCCGUAAAUCCAAAGGUUUUUGUUAUCCGCAGCCGCCAGGCUCGCCGCGCUCUGCACGUAGCUGAGGUGUCCUGGAAUGAAUCUUGUUAAUCACGCCAAAACACAAGCAGCCUUUUAUGAUGCGAACAGUCAUUUUCUAAGCAGUUAAGCAUUAGAUGAGAAAAAUAUUACUGCAUAGCAUUCGAGAAAAGCACACUAGUAAAUAAAAUUCGUAUUGAUGAAAAAUUAUUUGAACUCACUAAUAAAAGAUUAGUAUUAUAAACCCCGCAGUCAAUACUUUUCGUGGCAAUUUAUGGAUACAAAUAAUACGCCAUCAAAUUACUUCAAGUGUGGCUAUAAUUCAAAGGUCCAGAAUCUUGUUGCAGAACUUUAAGCGUAAUCACCAAAAUAGUCAAAGGAAUCCCUAUCUCUGGGUGUAAUCAAGCGACAGAAGACUCUACAACGAUAUUUCACAGUGAAAGAGCAAAAAGGAAGGUAUUUGGGGCCAGGUACGUGAGUGGCUGCUUACAAAGGCGCCCCAGAGAUAAGCGCAAAGAUCCUCAGCUGUUGCUACGUAAAUCAAGGAAGCCGUUAUUCUGGAAGUUGGGGAGGGGGCAGCGGACGAUUAACAACAAGGUAAUGGCAUCAGAAUCUGUCACUGUAACCAUCUCAUAAUAAGAGGGAGUGUUUAUUAUGUUCAUGGAGAAACCAGCCUUUUGCCUUGGGCUUCCAUCAUCUUCUUUUGUGGGCAAACAGGGGCUACAGCUUGGAAGACUCCUCAGACACCUCCUUCCCGUGUAUCCCAAAGGGAAUUAAUUUCCCCUCACACUGCCUAAGCCAUCUCGAGGUCUGGGCGUGAAGUGAGGGGACGCAAUACAGGCAGUGCCCUAAUGAAUUCCUUUCAAACCGCCUGCUGCCGAAACCAUCUAUUACUGCGGCCCCGGAGUGGGGAAAGGCGUUUGAGAUGUCUUUGUCCGGGUGAUGGAGAGGAGAGGAGGGGACACUGGUGGGGGAGGAGGGCCGCUGGCUGCCCGGCCAGAGAGUUUUCUCCUGGCCUAGGGAUCCGAAGGACGCACCCUCAAAAAGCCUCAUACCUUUCUGGGUGGGCAAUUGCUCUCUGGCCAGACUCUUGGCCCAAGGACGUGGUCUAGGAUUGAGACGUCCCCGGGGGUCUUGGGGUUAGAGCAAGAGGGGGAGAGAGAGAGGGGGAGAAAAAAGCAGAAAGGAGAGCUUCAAAGAAUCGGGUCGAUAAAUUCAUAAAGAUCGAUUUAUCUUUAUCUCCCAAUUAAAUGUGCUUGUGAUACGUACACACGUCCAACAUGGGCCAACUCCCCAACCACCAGCUUCGCGGGGUGAACUGAUUUUUAGUGGCUUAUGUAACAAUGCCCUUCUUUGCUCCCUGAUCGGGUGCUGUCAGCAGUUCCGGAAGGAUGUCUAGACCAGGGAAUUUGAAGCCGAGGUCCGGGGACAGGAGGAAGCCCUGCGCGCUCUGGCGCGCUUGACAGAACCUGCCCUUGCCAGGAAACAAUCUCAUUUAAAACGGAACACAAGAGCUGAAAGUUUGUUUCAACAUAAGAAAAGAGGACCAGUAAAUGUCUACUUUCCUUUCGCCGCAAUCCCGCCAAUCUCUUGACUCCCAAAUUCCUGGGGAUUUACCAUCAUCGAGAACGGGGGAUAGAUCUUGAGAGGCUCGGCUUCAUCCGGCAGUCAGCAAAGGGGAAAUGCGCGCCCUGGAGUCAUCGAACUAUGCGGAGCCAGGGUGAGAGCUCCCUUCGCUUCCAACGUGCUUAAUUAGCGCCUAUUUACAAAACGCAGCUUUUAUUUGAGCAAACAUCAUAAAGCUUUCAUCAGGAUAAUCUCACGUUCUACAAUCCAGAGGCGUCGCAAACUCCCCCCUCCCCCCCAUUCCUCCCUGAAGAUGGAGCAGAUAAAGGACUCGCUUUAUUAUCAUAAUUAUCGUGGCUGUUAUUUUGGUGCGCGCUGGCAAAGUGGGUAAAUAGGUGCGAUGAUUAAGAAUGUCAUGAAAAAUGAGGAGGGAUCGCUCACGAAGGGCCCAGCUAGGAAUGGGGGAAGGGGGGGGGGAAACAGCCUGCCCGCCCCGCCACCAGAGAGCCCUGAACAACUGGGCAGAUUCCGUGUAGUGAACAGGGGCUUACAGGACUCUGGCGCACAUCUGGGAACGAACCUGUAGAGGCAAAACCCAGGAGACCUUGCCGGGACCCUUGGUACAACCAGAGCACCCCUGGCUACAGUGAGCAUCACACAGGGUUCUGCUAUAGAGACCAUAAAGAAAAUAAAACGCUCCCGGCCCAUUCAGGGCGAGUGCCAGCUCCAAGCUGCCUCUGAGACGGUCUCCACGGGGAUGCCAGGGACUCGAGGAUCUGAGCAGAGGAUGUAGCAAGGGUUCCUCUCAAGUUUGCGCUGCGUGGUGCAGGAACACGGGCUUGGGCUCCCAGGCCUGCACGCUCCAACGGUGGCGCCCGCAGCCCGCCUGCGGCCAGCCUGGGUAAAGGGGGGCGGAGCCCUAAUUUUGCCCUGCCUCUCCCGGCACAGCCAAUGGGAGGUGGUACUCAACACCACGUGACAAAAGCUCUGCUGGGCAGCUGGCAAAAUGUGAAUGAGAAAGAGGAGCGCGAUUUAAAGGUGCUGGCGGCGCCCGCCAGAGACAAGUGCGCCGGCUUCGCGCGCUCCCCGGCGGCCCGUGGGAGACGACUGACUGCGGGACAGACAGACGGACACACGCACCGCUGGUAGCCGGGUCGAGAGCCGCAGACACAACACGCGUACGUUCCGACGAGCUAGCAGCGGGGAGCGGCUCCAGCAAACGCGAGGCCCCCGGCGCCCUCUCCAUCCCGGGCACACGGCCUCACCGCGCUCAGCGGCUAUACCCGCGCGGGCCGGGUAUGCUGCAGGUCCCGCACUGAGGGGCGGCGGCGUCUACGCUCCGGGUGCCGCUCGGCCUCUAUCGGGUGCUCCCGGCGUCCGGAGGGCUUCCAGGCGGCGGCGCGGCACGGGGACUUUUCGUCUCUCCCUGGCCUCUCCCGAACGCGUCUAUGAGCGCUGCAUUCCCGCCGUCGCUGAUGAUGAUGCAGCGCCCGCUGGGGAGUAGUACCGCCUUUAGCAUAGACUCGCUGAUCGGCAGCCCGCCGCAACCCAGCCCCGGCCAUUUCGUCUACACCGGCUACCCCAUGUUCAUGCCCUAUCGGCCCGUGGUGCUGCCGCCGCCGCCGCCACCACCUCCCGCGCUGCCCCAGGCUGCGCUACAGCCGGCUCUACCCCCCGCGCACCCUCACCACCAGAUCCCCAGUCUGCCCACUGGCUUCUGCUCCAGCCUGGCCCAGGGCAUGGCGCUCACCUCCACGCUCAUGGCCACGUUGCCCGGCGGCUUCUCGGCGUCGCCCCAGCAUCAAGAGGCGGCGGCCGCCCGCAAGUUCGCUCCUCAGCCACUGCCUGGUGGUGGCAACUUCGACAAAGCCGAGGCGCUCCAAGCCGAUGCGGAGGAUGGCAAAGCCUUCCUGGCCAAGGAGGGCUCGCUGCUCGCCUUCUCUGCGGCCGAAGCGGUGCAGGCUUCGCUCGUCGGGGCUGUCCGAGGGCAAGGGAAAGACGAGUCAAAGGUGGAAGAUGACCCGAAGGGCAAGGAGGAGAGCUUCUCUCUGGAGAGCGAUGUGGACUACAGCUCAGAUGACAAUUUGCCUGGCCAGACCGCUCAUAAGGAGGAAGAUCCCGGCCACGCACUGGAGGAGACCCAGCAGAGCGGUGGUGCAGCGGGCAGCACUACAUCCACGGGCAAGAACCGGCGGCGGCGGACUGCCUUCACCAGCGAACAGCUGCUGGAGCUGGAGAAAGAAUUCCACUGCAAAAAGUACCUCUCCUUGACCGAGCGCUCGCAGAUCGCCCACGCCCUCAAACUCAGCGAGGUGCAGGUAAAAAUCUGGUUCCAGAACCGCCGGGCCAAGUGGAAACGCGUCAAGGCAGGCAAUGCCAAUUCCAAGACCGGGGAGCCCUCCCGGAACCCCAAGAUCGUCGUCCCCAUCCCCGUUCACGUCAGCAGGUUCGCUAUUCGAAGUCAACACCAGCAGCUGGAACAGGCCCGACCCUGAAGGCCCAGCCAGGGUGGACACCGUCGUGGAGAGGCCCUAACACCCGAGGGAACCCGUGGCAGAUUCCACUGUUUGAAGCAGAACUGAAAGGCACCUCCCAGAUGUGGACAUCCCAAGCAAAUUGAGAAUAUAUUCACUAGAUGGGCUUAAAGGAGGCUACGGCCACACCAGAAGAUACACUAAAUAUUUAUUAUACGACCCUACUUUGUACAUAGAUAUCUAUAUAGACUGGAUCUCAGCUGCAGUAUUUGAAAGGGAUAGGACCAAAGGUCUCCACUCACACAUUCCAGAUGAAACAAACCCACCACUUGGUAUUCUGCCGCCCCGGGGCGGCCACCUUCCCAUACUUUCCCAAAGGUAAAUGGGAGACACAAGAACAAACACUGGGGUUUAAACUUAUUUUUUGUUCUUAAUUCUGGCUUUUUGAGUUGAGCGCAGAGCAGACUUCUUGGAAUCUAGGAAUCUGCUCUGAUGUUUGCCUUUGCCUGGCUUUCUUCCCUGGGCUUGUCUAUCCUAUCUGAGCCAUGUCGGAAGCACGUCUCCGUUGUGUUUAAUUUAUUUCAAUGUAGCUUAUUUUCAUAUAAGUUAUGACAUUUAAACAAUCUCAGU